UUAAGGUGAAUAAUAAUAAUAAUUAUUAUUAUUAUUAAUUUAAUUCUGUUGUUUUUCUUUUACUUUUCAUUGGAUCAAUAGAAUGCGCCACGUGUGCAGUGUUGUGGUGGGUGCCCUUUUGCUUUGGGGCCCAGCAUCGGGUGAACCGAAACGCAAAAGACUCCGAAGUCCACAGGAUCGACCACCACCUGAACUACCCCACUACGACUAUGAAUAUCCCGAUGAGUAUGAUACCUAUGAUGCUGGUCACCCGGCAACACCAUCCCCAGCCCCACAACCCAUUGUCACGCCCUUUUCCUGCCACUUCAACAAUUCAUGGUACAGAGAUGGCGACACCUUUGCCGAUGGAUGUCGCCAGUGUCGCUGUACGGCUGGCAAGAUCAAUUGCACAUCGGAUUUGUGUACACCGGCACCGGCACGGGGUCCACAGGGAACAUCUGGGGCCCAGGGUGAAUCGGGCUUGCCUGGGAUUCCGGGUGAAGCAGGUCCAGCUGGUCCAGCACCCGAUCUCACACCGUACACUCAGCAGAUGGCCGAAGUGUUUGCCAGUGCAGACAAAGGACCAAGUUCCGGUGUACCCUUUCAGUAUGUACAGGCUCAAGUGGGACCGGCAGGACAGAGAGGUCCACAGGGACCACAGGGACCGGCUGGACCACAAGGUUUUCAGGGUGGCAGAGGUGAAGCUGGUGAACCAGGACCACCGGGUCCAGUAGGACCGCCUGGACCAAGGGGUCUACCAGGAAUCCCCGGCAAAGAUGGCGCAAGCGGUGAUGAUGGUGAAGCUGGAGCUCCAGGUGCACCUGGACCACCUGGACCAAGGGGCCUACCAGGAAUGCCAGGACUUCCAGGUGUCAAAGGUCACAGAGGUUACAGCGGUGCUGAGGGGGCCAAGGGUGAUAUUGGUGUGCCAGGUGAAAAGGGGGACACAGGUGGCAUUGGACCUCUUGGACCAGCUGGACCAAUUGGACCCAUGGGACCACGUGGUGAACGUGGCAGAGAAGGUCCACCCGGACCACCUGGUAUACGUGGUAUUGAUGGUGUUGCCGGUCCAGCUGGACAACCAGGGUCAAUUGGCAAAUCUGGUCCGCCUGGUUUCCCUGGGGCACCGGGUGUCAAGGGGGAUCAGGGCGCAGUGGGUCCAAAGGGUUCUCAGGGUCUCCAGGGACCCCGUGGUGAAGCUGGAAGGCCGGGACAUACUGGUGAACCCGGUCAACCGGGACUACCAGGUCGCGAUGGAUUGGCAGGUGAGAAAGGUGGUACAGGGUCAGCUGGCGUAGCUGGACCACCAGGUUUUCCUGGUGCCCGUGGUCAGCCAGGUGUUGCCGGACAACCGGGUGAAGUGGGUCCAAGGGGUGCACCCGGAUUACCCGGUGAUCGUGGCCACAAAGGUGAUUCCGGACAGAAAGGUGAUACCGGUGCACCAGGACCAAGAGGCACCCCAGGGGCACCAGGUAGUGAUGGUCCACGCGGUAAGAGGGGCAUGAGAGGUGCUACGGGUCCACAGGGACCACAAGGUGAUCGAGGUAGUCCGGGUAUGGCCGGUGUUCCGGGUCCCGAUGGUGCAAUUGGUCCAAAAGGCCAGACUGGCGAUCGUGGUGUUCAGGGAAUAGCUGGACCAAAGGGAACAACUGGUGAUACUGGACCACCAGGACCACAGGGACUUCAUGGUGCUCGAGGGCUACCAGGUCGAAUUGGUGUUGCUGGCAAACCAGGUAUUCCCGGUGAACGUGGAUUGCCAGGAGCUGAUGGAAAACCAGGUGAACAGGGACCACAGGGUAUUCAGGGUCUACCUGGACCAAUUGGUAUGCCCGGUGAUAAGGGUUUUACCGGUGAACCGGGCAAAGAUGGUGAGGCCGGUGCUGUUGGUCCACCUGGUCCAAGGGGUGAUGCUGGAAAAGAAGGAUUGCCUGGACCACCUGGACCACCAGGACCACAAGGACAUGAUGGUGAACGUGGUGGUGCUGGACCAGCUGGACCAAGAGGUUUUCAGGGUUUACCUGGUCAACCGGGUAGUGCAGGUAGUCCAGGUAAGGAUGGUCAACAGGGUGCAGCAGGACAUCCUGGACCACCUGGACUGGCAGGAAUGCGUGGUGAAAGGGGUUUUCCAGGCGAAAGGGGACCACUAGGCUUACCCGGAGCACCCGGAAACCGUGGAGAGACUGGUCAAGCUGGGCAGGAUGGACUACCAGGACCACCUGGAGCACCAGGUGUCAAGGGACAUCAAGGUGCACCUGGAAUUGUUGGUCUACCGGGCCUUAGGGGUUUACCUGGAAUGACUGGGGAAAAGGGUGAGAGAGGUGCUGCUGGACUUCAUGGUGCUGAAGGUGCUCAAGGACGUCCUGGUGAACCUGGACCACAGGGACCUGUUGGUCCUGCUGGUCCACCAGGUGAACCUGCAGAACGCGGUGAACCUGGCAAUGCUGGACCACCAGGUGAGAGAGGUGCUCCGGGUAAUCCUGGAGAACGUGGACCAACUGGUCCUGUUGGUGCACCUGGGUUUCCUGGUCCUAUGGGACCAGCCGGAAUGGUCGGUCUUAAAGGGGACAGAGGUGAUGCUGGACCAAAGGGUGAACAGGGUGCUACAGGUGGCAUUGGGGCACCGGGUGAACCAGGUCUUCAGGGUCCAAUGGGUUUGAUGGGUGUUAAGGGUGCAAGAGGUGAACAGGGUGCUAGAGGAGAGGUUGGAUUGGCUGGUCUACCGGGGCGUCCUGGUGAACCAGGACAGCCGGGUCAACCGGGCAAUCAGGGUGUUCCUGGACCAGCUGGAAUUCCUGGUAGUAAAGGUAGUACUGGAGAUUCUGGUCGACCUGGGAAUGUUGGUAAUACAGGACCACCAGGACCACCUGGACCUGAUGGAAUCAAAGGUGAAACGGGAUCUAUUGGUCCGGCUGGACCGGUAGGGCAUCCUGGUCCGCCAGGUGUACAGGGUGAUCGAGGAAUGCCAGGAUUACCGGGUGGCGUUGGUCCAUUGGGACCGAGAGGACCAAGAGGAGCACCAGGAGAACCCGGACAGCCAGGAAAGGUGGGUCUAGCUGGACCAGUUGGUCAGGCAGGAAUGCGCGGUGCUCAGGGACCACCAGGACCUGCUGGAGAAAUGGGUCCUGAGGGACGGCCAGGUAAGCCAGGACCACCUGGUCUGGCUGGAAGGACCGGUGAUAAGGGACCACAGGGUGCACCUGGUCAACAAGGUGCUAUGGGACCACCAGGAAUGCCUGGGGCACCUGGAGUGGCUGGUCAGAAGGGUCAUACCGGUGAUCGUGGACCACUGGGUCCCAUUGGACCCCAAGGACCCGAAGGACCACCAGGACAGCGCGGUAAAGCCGGUCCACCUGGAGCUGAGGGUGCAAAGGGUGAUCAGGGUGAAAGUGGCAGACCUGGACCAAAGGGUCAUCGUGGAUUUAGUGGACUAGCCGGUGCUCCAGGUCCUCGAGGUCCAUCAGGCGACAAAGGACCACAGGGAAAUGAUGGAAUGCCCGGGAAGCCAGGUGAUCAGGGCAAUCGUGGACCACCGGGUCGUGAUGGACAGCCAGGUGCACCUGGUGGUCUUGGGGCACCAGGUGCCAGAGGUCCACCUGGUUCAGAUGGACGUCCCGGUAGCCCAGGCGCACCCGGACCACCAGGACCACCUGGACCGGCUGCAGAACCACUUGGCUAUGAUACAGCUGCCCUAGCAGCACUCCUACAGAGUGGCAGCACAAAAGGACCACCAGAUACUCAAGCUGACGAACCAAUGAGACUCUUUGCCACACCAUCUGAUCGAGAUGCCUUCAUGCUAAAAGCCUAUCACCAUCUAAAAGCCACAAUUGACAAACUAAAAGCACCAAAUGGCGAUAGAGAUGCUCCAGCACGAACAUGCCGGGACCUAGCCGUAGCCCAUCCCAAAUUACCAUCCGGACGGUACUGGAUAGAUCCAAAUGCCGGAGAUACCAAAGACGCCAUUGAAGUCUACUGUGACAUGAUACACCGAGCAACAUGUAUCACUGCAUCACCAUCUGAUUUCCCAGAAAUCGUUCCAGAUGGUAGUCUCUGGUUAUCAGAAUUAGGAAUACUACCAUCGUACAAAUCCGAUUCCCAACAAAUGGCAUUCCUCCAACUGCUAUCAUCGAGAGCAGAACAAAAUCUAACAAUUCACUGUAUCGGCCAUAUUGUAGCAUUUGACAGUGAACGUGAUAGUUUUCGUCGUGCCGUGGCACUUUUGGCAUGGAAUGAUGCCGAAAUAACUGCCAGAGGUAAUCCAAGGUUACGCUACAGUAUCCUAAAUGAUGGUUGUCAGCAUAGAGAUCGGGGAAAAUGGAGUAGUACAACUCUGAGUUAUGUCACGACUAAAACAUCGAGACUACCAAUUGUUGACAUUAGUCCAAGAGACGAUGAUCUAUCAAAUGGACGAUUGCGCCUAAAUGUAGGCAAUGUAUGCUUCUCCUAGGUGCCAUAUUGUUCUUUUUUCAAAACAAAAAACUUUUUAGCA